GUCGCUCGACAACCCGCGCGCGCAACCCGCGCUCGCAACCCGCGCCUGCAACCUCUGCGACCCGCGACCCGCGUGUGUUGUGCUUGUUGUUACUGUGUUUGGUUACAAUUACAAAAUGAAAAUGCACAUACCUAUGUUUGAUGUGGUGCCGGCGCGGCUGAACGUGGGGGUGAUGCUGUUCCUGGCGUGCUGGGUCAACUACAUGCUGCGGGUCAACAUGAGCGUCAACAUCAUCGCCAUGGUGCCCGACGACCACACCGCCUCCACAGAGAACAGCGAAUGCAAAGCUAUCGCGACCAACGACAGUCUGCUGCGGGACGACGCGGCGGAGGUGCGACAGGAGAUGAAGGCUGCCAACACAUACGACUGGACGGCGCAGCAGCAGGCGUACAUCCUCUCUAGCUACUUCUGGGGCUACGCCAUCACGUGCCUAGUCAGUGGAACAGCGGCGGAGCUGUGGGGGCCUCGCAACGUGGUGUUCUACACCAUGCUGGUCAGCGCCGUGCUGACUAUACUGACACCGCUGACAGCUAACGUACACUAUCUGAUGCUGGUGGCAGCGAGAUUCGUUAUUGGGUUGGCUGGGGGCUUCAUAUUCCCCGCCCUCCACGCCCUAGUGGCGCACUGGGCGCCGCCCGCGGAGAAGGGCAAGUUCGUGAGCGCGCUGCUGGGCGGCUCCAUCGGCACCGUGGUCACAUGGUCACUUUCCGGCCCGCUCAUUGAGAACUUCGGCUGGAGCUGGGCGUUCUAUGUGCCAGGUGUAAUCGGCGUGGUGUGGUGCGCGUUCUGGUGGUUUCUGGUGUAUGAUUCCCCUGUGCUGCACCCUCGGAUCUCCGAGGCUGAGAGGCGGUACAUCAUCGAGGCCAUUGGUGAUAAGGUGCAGCAGAGCAGCAAAGAUACGAAGAUAGUACCGCCGUUCAAGGAGAUCUUCACUUCAUUCCCGUUCUUGGCCAUGGUGAUACUGCACUACGGCAACAACUGGGGUCUAUACUUCGCGAUGACAGCCGCGCCGAAGUUCGUGUCGAGCGCACUCGGCUUCAACCUCACUUCGGCCGGGACUCUCGCUUCCCUUCCCUACCUCGCACGGAUGAUAUUCUCAAUCAUCUUCGGAGCUGUUGGUGACAGAAUCGUGCGACAGAAUAUGGUGUCAACUACGUACAUGCGCAAAUUCUUCUGUCUUUUCUCUCACGUGCUGCCCGGUUUGCUUCUCAUCGGUUUGGGUUACACGGGUUGCGCGCCCAUUCUCUCUGUUGCGCUGAUAACCUUCUCCAUGGGUUCCAACGGCGCCGCAACCCUGACCAACCUGGUUAACCACCAGGACCUCGCGCCCAAUUUUGCGGGAACCCUGUACGGCAUCGCCAAUGGUAUCGGUAACACGGCUGGAUUCGUUACGCCAUUGGUUACGGCGUACUUCACCAAACAUGGUAAUGGCUUCCUGGAAUGGCGACCGGUAUUUCUGACCGGCGCGUCUUUGUACAUCGCUUCAGCGUUAUACUUCAUGUGCUUCGGCACAGCUGAGACCCAGAGUUGGAACUUCGUGCCUGAAGAUGAGAGGAACAAGAGAAGGAGCGCCGCUUCCAACGAUACCACAGUAACCAUACCUGUUGCCACAAUCAGUAGCAAUGGUAAUAAUAAUGGCAACAGUAAGGCUAAUGGCAUAAUUAAUGGUAACAUUCACAGUAAUGGCAACACCAGUAGCAGUAACAACAACAGUAUAACUGUUAAGACAUAAUUUAUUGAUCAAUGUUCAUGGUAAUGUAAAUAUGAUCUCUGAGUACCUAUAUGAAUUUAUUUUGCUGAUAUAUAGUUGAAAUUCCAGAAAGCCUAAUGUAAAACAAUGUAUAUUUUAUAGCAGGAGAAUAUUUUCAGUGUUUUAGAAUAAUUGCAUUUUUAGAUACUUAAUCAAAACUAUGAAUUGUUAUUUAAAGUUUGUCCAUGUAAAGUAGAAAAAAACGUUGAAUUAGGUAUAACCUAUAAGGUAACAUAGAUUUACUCAUCCUUGCCGAAAAUGAAGACAAAUCAAAAGACAAAUCAAUUUUAAGUCUAUUAAAUGAAUAGCUGUAAUUACUAAUAUAGCAUAAUAUAAUAUAGGAAACAAAUAUUUUAUUUUACUUAGAAAAUGUAACUAUCAAUCUUAUUUAAAAAUGUUUAUAAUUAUAAUAAGAAUUAAGAUGAUUCCGCCCAACAGAGUGUAUUGUAGUACUUACAAGUCUGACUGUGAUGAUAAGGUCUUCGCAGAUGAGAAACUUUAGUGCACUAACGAUCAUCCAUAUAGAUUAUAGGAAUAUAAAAAGGAUUAGCAUAAGCACAGUAAAAUGUAAAAGAAGUAAGUAAGUAAAGAAGUACUGUAUUUCAGGGACAAAAAAGCAGAUUUCCUUUGACAAUAUCUUAUUUUAUUUCUUCUGUAAAAACUAAUACUAAAAACCAGUGAAUUUCACACACUAUAACCAACUGCUAAUGAAACAGAACUAAGUGUCAGAAGUCUAAAGUUUCUCGUCUGCGCUGGACCUACGAGUGAGGUUAUGAUAAAUAUUUUUACAGGA